GUCUUGCUGUGCAGCCAGAUAUAUCAACUAGUUUUUCGACCAGCAGAUGGGUGGGGAGGCCAUGAAAGUUCUUGGAAUUCAUUUUAACUAUUCAGGCUAACACCGAACAUCUCCUGCCCCUCUUUGGCUUUCUUGGUCUCUUUCUAACUCUAUUUUUUUUUUUUUUUGACAUUAUUCAUUUCUGAAUAUAUCCCAUUUCCUGAUGCCCUUUUCCUACCUAGAGCCUUUGAUUGGAAUAAUCAUUUAAAAAGAAAAAAGGGGAGCAACUAAAUAGCACAGUGAAUAGAGCACCAGCCCUGAAAUCCGGAGGACCUGAGUUCAAAUCCAGAUUCAGACACUUAAUACUUCCUAGCUCUGUGACCCGGGACAAGUCACUUAACCCUAAUUGUCUCAGGAAAAAAAGAAGAAAAAGAAAAAAGAGACAAAUGGGGGUAGAGGGGAGGAAUGAUUUCAUGAUGUGAUAGACAGAGAUGACCCUGAAGUCCAAAAGCCUGUGGUCAGAUCCUGACCAGGCAAGUCACCUCCCUGGGUCUCAAUUUCCUCCUGCAAAAUGAGAGAUUUGUGCUAAAUACUUUGUCAACUCCAAAUCCAGUUGCAACUGGAUUUGAAUAUGUUCUAUGCCAGGACUUAACUUCAGCAAUGAAGAAAGAGGUUAAUUUUUUCAGUUUUACUUUGGGGACAAACGUGAUCGUUAUAAUCACACAUACCACUUCUGGCAGGCUUGUUUAAUUCCCCCCCUCUCCCCACUAUUACUUAUUUUAUCAUUAAUUAAGUCAAGUUGAAAAAGCACUUAUUUAAGCACAUACUAAGUUCUGCAUACUGUAGUAAAUUCUAUGGACUGUGCUGAGUGCUGGAGGUACAAAGGCAGGCAAAAACCGUCCCUGCUAUCAAGGAAGAAUAGGAUCAGAUCACAUACAUUUUCCCAUAUUUCCCUUUAUUCUUCACGUACAUUGUAAAUGGUACAAUUACAUUCAUGUACCACAUGAAUAUAAACUUUUGUCUAGCUAUUUUCUUGUCACCUAGUACUUUAAUUCUUUGCAAACACAUAAAAUGCCACCUGUCUUAUCUACAAUAACCUUGGUGCAGCCUGCAGUAGGAAUCUGCCUUUUAGCUGUUUUUCUCUCUUCUCUGAAAUGAAAAUGUGUUCUUAUAUCUGUUGGAUUCCAACAUGAACUCUGUGUCAAUAACAGCCGUCUUCACAGUGACUUCUUCCCUAAAAAUGAUACUAUGGGAAUCCUACACUAAAUCCUUGGAUGUACCGGGGUCCACCAUGACAUUAAGUUCUAAACAGAAGAUGCCUGCUGAAGAUGGUUCUGGGGACCAUGGGGACACUGCCAGCCUGAGUGCUGUCAACACCAUCUACAGUAAUCACUCCCCUUCUGAAGCCUCUGCAUUUCAGGAUGCACCCUUCACCACCUACUUUGAUGAGAAGAUCUCCAUUCCUGAGGAAGAGCAUUCUUGUUUUAGCUUCCGCAAACUCUGGGCCUUUACGGGGCCGGGCUUCCUCAUGAGCAUCGCUUAUCUGGAUCCAGGGAACAUAGAAUCCGAUUUGCAGUCUGGGGCCGUGGCCCAGUUUAAGUUGCUCUGGGUUCUCCUCCUGGCCACCCUCGUGGGGCUCCUGCUGCAGCGCCUGGCAGCCAGGCUGGGCGUGGUCACGGGCCUGCACCUUGCUGAAGUGUGCCACCGGCAGUAUCCCAAGGUCCCCCGAAUUAUUCUGUGGUUGAUGGUGGAGACAGCAAUUAUAGGCUCCGAUAUGCAAGAAGUCAUAGGGUCAGCUAUUGCGAUCAAUCUCCUGUCUGCUGGGAGGGUUCCUCUGUGGGGUGGAGUUCUCAUCACCAUUGCAGAUACCUUUGUAUUUCUCUUUCUGGACAAAUAUGGUUUGCGAAAACUGGAAGCAUUCUUUGGCUUACUCAUCACCAUCAUGGCCCUCACAUUUGGAUAUGAAUAUGUUACAGUGAAGCCCAACCAGGCUGAGGUGCUGAAGGGUAUGUUCGUUCCUUCUUGUUCGGGCUGUGGCACCCCGCAGAUUGAGCAGGCCGUGGGCAUUGUGGGAGCUGUCAUUAUGCCCCACAACAUGUACCUGCACUCCGCACUAGUCAAGUCCAGGCAGGUAAACAGGGCCAACAAAGGGGAGAUCCGGGAAGCCAACAAGUACUUCUUCAUUGAGUCCUGCAUCGCCCUCUUUGUCUCCUUCAUCAUCAACGUCUUUGUCGUCUCUGUCUUUGCCGAGGCCUUUUUUAAUCAAACCAAUAUGCAAGUGCAUGAAAUCUGCGUCAAUAACAGCAGUCCUCACAGUGACUUGUUUCCCAAAAGUAAUACCACGCUGACUGUGGACCUCUACAAGGGGGGUGUGGUUCUAGGAUGUUACUUUGGGCCUGCAGCACUCUACAUCUGGGCAGUGGGCAUCUUGGCUGCAGGCCAGAGCUCUACCAUGACCGGGACCUAUUCUGGCCAGUUUGUCAUGGAGGGAUUCCUGAAUCUGAAAUGGUCACGGUUUGCUAGAGUGAUCUUGACACGUUCUAUUGCCAUCAUUCCUACGCUAUUGGUUGCAGUCUUCCAGGAUGUGCAGCAUCUGACUGGGAUGAAUGACUUCCUGAAUGUGCUGCAGAGCUUACAGCUUCCCUUUGCUCUCAUCCCCGUCCUCACGUUUACCAGUUUGCGCCCAGUGAUGAAUGACUUUGCCAAUGGACUGGGCUGGAGGAUCGCAGGUGGGAUCCUUGUUCUUCUUAUCUGUAGCAUCAACAUGUAUUUUGUGGUUGUCUAUGUUGAAGACCUCGGGAACAUGGCAUUAUAUGUGGUGGCUGCUGUAAUCUCUGUGGCCUAUCUCUGCUUUGUGUUUUACCUGAGUUGGCAGUGUUUGAUUGCUUUGGGUUUGUCCUUCAUGGACUGUGGACAGACGUACCACCUAGGAUUGAAUCCUCAUCCUGAGCUCUUCCUCCUGAACAACGUUGACAGUGACUCCAUCCUCUCAAGAUGACAGCUUCAAGAGACUUGAAAUAAUAUUUUCAAAAACUCUUAUGCCAAGUGACCUGUUACAUAAUAACUUUGUUAGUUCAGAGGUGAGUUUUUGUUCAAGGAAUUUGAACAAAAGUCAGAGAUUUCCUUAUGGAAAGGCUAUUAAAUGCUGACAGAGAACUACCCACCUUGUAAAGGUGUAAACAGUCAUGGGAGUGUCAAGAAUCAAAUGACUGCUGGAUUUUGGCCUUGUGCCCUAUGGGCUUGUGUUGUGAUUUCUGACUUUUUUUUUUUUUAGAAGUUAUAAUUUAUAUAAUUACAUAUAAAGAUAUAAAUAUUUGAGUGGGAUUUUAAAAAUUUUACAUAAAUUGAUGAUUGUAGUUUUUAAAACUUUUUAAUGCUCAGAGAAGUCAGAUUACACUGAACUCUCUGGAUCAGAGAUGAGAAAGGAGAAUUAAUGGGGCUUUUAAAAGCUGAAUUGGUCAAACUGAAUCUCCUUUAAAAUAAUGCUUCAUAUCAGGGCAGCUAGAUAGCACAGUGGAUAGAGCACCAGUCCUGAAGUCAGGAGGACCGAAGUUCAAAUCUGGGCUCAGAUACUUAGCACUCCCUAGCUGAGUGACCCUGGGCAAGUCACUUAACCCCAAUUGUCUCAGCAAAAAAAAACCCACAAAAAACAAAAACAAUGCUUCAUAUAAGAAGUCAAAGUUAUAUUUAAAUUGACUGGUUAAAACCAGAUUAUAUACUUGAUUGUUUGAAAGAAAAAUAUAGUGCCUAAUAAUCACUUCUUUUUUCCAAAGGAGCAUCUACCACUUCUUGCCUGUAAUAUUUAAGCUUUAAAUUAGAAAACAUCAUAAUGUCUGCUAAGAUCUUUAAUUUACUACUUCCAGAUGUCACAUCCUAGAUGACCAUCAGCUUAUCAUUUUUUCUGGUCAAAAGUCAAAAGUCUAAAGCCUUAAACUUUUUAACUUGCACAGGACAUUUCACGUAUUCUUUGGAACUGCCUACCAUUUCUGAUAUUUUCAUGUUUUUAUGUAAGCACUCCAUAUAGGCCCAAGGUUUGCUUCCUGUGAUUACUGGUAUUUGUUUUACCAAGAGCUAGAUAUGAUCUUAAAUGUAAUCUUUCAGGAGUGAGAUUUCUGGGUAUUGUGGCAAAGUGGACAUUGACAGUGCCAUAGAAAUCAGAAAACUUGGAUUUUAGCCAUAACUCACUUAUUUUUGUGGCCUUUACCCCUCCAACUUGGUUUCGUCAUCUGAAAAACAAACGAAACAUUUGAAUUAGAUAAUUUUUAAGCUUCCUUCUAGCACCUACAUUCUCUGAUUCUGUGAUUAUCAAUCUGCUACCUCUUGAAAUAGAUUAUCUGAUCCAAGGUCCUUUAAAGAAUUCAUUACAUUUCAAGUCAACUAGUUUUUAAAGUAUCAUUUAAAUUUAUUCAUAAUUUACUUUGUUAUCUAAGGCCCUCAUUCCCUUUGUUAGAAUUGUUAGCUUGAAUCUUGUUUGAAACUUGAACAUUCCUUUACGCAUCAGAAAUUCUAGAAAUUCUUGAGUAUUUGUAGCAUGCUGGUUGUUUAUUAAUAGUAGAAGUAGGAUGAGGGGAAAUAGCUUGAAAUUUAAUAAGGGUCUGAACCACUUAAGUCAAAAAGUCUUUUGUUUUGUAAAAUAUGUAUUAAAUACCUGUUAUAUUUCUAGGAAUCCUUUAAGCCUGGUAUCAGGUGAACCCCAAGAUGGAGUCUCUGCCCUCAAGGAGUUUCUAAUCUAGUAAAUUGGAAUGUAAAAUUGAUUCUGAAUUGGUCUUUUUGAACUCCAGAGUUGUUUUACGACAAUUUAAGUACUCCCGGUAAUUUGUGAAAAACUUGAAUCUAAAAUAUUCAUUUUUAUAAAUGCUCGUUUCCUUUGUUAAUUAGAUUGUUUCACUUAGUCAAAAAGGAAUAUGAGAAGGGGAGCAUCAAAACAACCAGGCUUCCUAUUGGUGGCUCCUGUCAUUGGGUUUUCAAAAACAGGCUUAAAGAAUUCUUUCCAAUUUUUCCUCUUUUCCAUUGGAGUGGAGAAUUAAGAAUAAGUAAGAGUCAGUGGUAUACCUCUCAUUUUGCAUAAUGACUCAAUUCCUUGCUACGGCAUUUUUGUGAAUCAGAUUAUUUCAAAUGCUCUAGAGCUUGAGACUCAGAAGGGACCCUUCACCCCUUGCUUUCCGUAACUGGCAUCCUACAAUAAAUGUACUAUUUUCAAAGGCAUCUUGAUUCAUUUUUAGACAACCUUAAUUAAGGUCUUCUUUAUUUAAACUGAAAACUGCUUUCCUGCCCACUAGAGAUAAAAUCUUACUCUUCUUUUUGGUAACAGUCCCUUGGAUCUGUUUGUUUUAUGACAAACAUUUAAGUGUUUACUAUAACAAAACUGCAAUCCAGAAGACAAAAGUAGAAUGCCCCUGCCCUCAAGGAGCUUACAUUCCAGUGGGUCAUAAAAUAAACACAAGAUAUAAAAAAAUCAAAGAAGCUACCCCAGAUGUUCAUGGGGACUAAAUGUGUCCGAUCUGUGGCAGAACAUUCUGAACUUGGUCUGAACAGCGACAGUUGGACACAUUGUAACUCGACUCUAACAUACUGAUGUCCAGUAUGAAAGACCACAGCCAAAAUGCCAACACAUUUUCUUAUCUUAGUUCCAACUCUAAUCUUAACGCCAGCUCUAUCCCUAAACCUAUUCUGUAUAUGUACAGUGUGUGUAAAAUGAACACAAGCUAGCUUUGGGAGGGGAGUACACUAAUGGCUAACUUUCAUGAGCAAGUGCUUCUUGAGCUGAGGCUCAAGAGAACACCAGAGAUUCUGAGGGAAAAAAAUGAGAAAGGGAAUACCUUUGAAUUAUGGGAGACAAGCUAGUGAAAAAGUAUGGCUAUGGAAAUAUGUCUUCCUCAUUCCAAGCCUGCCUAACUACAUACUGAUACAACUUAUUCCACUUUAAAUGGCCUCCCCAAAAAAAAAUAUCCAGAAAGAAAUUGCAGUUGCUUUUCUUAGCACAUGAGAUCCUACCCAGGGUCUAUAAACUAAUAAAUAUUUUUUAAUUAAAAAUUUUUUUUUGAUAAUUGCAUUUCAAUAUAAUUGGCUUCCUUUGUAAUCUAAUUUAUUUUAAACUUAAGAGUAGGAUUAGGAAGAAUUUCUAGAACCUUACUGGACUUAUUGUGCCAAAAAUAGUUAUAAAAUCUUAGUGUUCCAUUCAUCCACCUAUCUGUCCAUCUAUCUUUGAGACAUAAAUCCCCAUUGAGGGGGAGUUACUUGUGAUUUGUCAUUGUUCAUCAAUUGUACCUUUUUUCCUCAAAGGAACAGUCUUAUUUCUGAAUGCCAUGUCUCUGGUAAACAUGAGCUGGAGCUUGGCUUGUUUACUUUUAGGUAAUUCAAGGGCUGGUUACAUCUCUAAAUUUUAGAGAUAGGUAUUGGGAGGUUACAUUUCACAACUGCUGCCCAGAGGAUGGAACUCUUUUCUCUAGUGAUGUCAUAGCCAUGUUUGAUACAGAUGGGAAUAUCACUGGAAAGGUCGUGUGUGUGGUCUUUUAAGUAUGAAAAUAUAGGGAUAAGAAAAUGGUGGUUUUUAAAGCUUGAUGGAUGUAUUUUGUUUUUAUAUUGCAAACAUUCUGUUUCCAGGAAGCUUUUUGUAACAAAAUUACAUAAAACAUAAUAAAAAUAUGAUUAAAUGAA